AUGUCCAACACAAUGAUCCGGCCUGAAGGGUUUGAAAAUGUUGUGGGCGGCGACGAGUACGACAAACGCAUAACGGCAGGCAUCAACGGUGGCAGGGGCAACAACAACAAGAGAAUCCACAUGACUGACGACGAUCCCGAAGCUCAGUUAGCUCUUAUCAAGAACAGUGUAUCAGGGGACUUACCUGAAGCAGCUGCUAAGGCAGCCUUUGGUCAAUUGCUGGAGCUUCGAGAUACAUUUGACGCCCUGAAGACUAGAAAUCUUCAAUUGCAAAGUAGGCUCUGUUUGAGAAAGGUUAAGAAAACACCAACAUCAAAUGACACAGCUGGCCCUGACACUGCUGGCACUACUUCCAGGUAG